AAUACGAACAUCCACGGCUUAUCUAUAGGAACUUCCACGGUAACUCGUCCCUGUUUCCCCGGCCAUGUUCUCUGCCGGAGCCGCGGCCUCUGGCGACCUGGAGUUCCGGUCCGACGAUAACGCGUGGUACAAUGUGACUGUGAAACUCGAAGGCGAUGUUCUUAGGAUCAGUUAUUCCGAGUUCGCUGGGGAGCACGACAAUAUCUUCACCGCCAACCAUUUCCGGAGCUCAUCGGAGUUGAGCGACUUCGAAGGUAGGUUUCGGCCUCUGUCCAGACAGUUGCAGGAUUUCGAAUGCCCUAACAUCGACCCUGGCAUGCCUGUUUGCGCUUCCUACUCCUCUCGAGCCGAUGAUGUUCGCUUCUACGACGCUCUUGUGGAAGGGGUGGAUUAUCUUGAACACUCUUAUGCAAAUGGAGAAGAAGAAUGCUUAUGCAACUUUAUCAUUUUCUGGCAGAAUGGUCCAAACUCUGGGAAUUUUGCAAUUUCCAGUAUUGCUAACAUUUGUGAAAUUCAAUUUAGUAAAAUUAAUGACGCAGUGUUAGAAACUUUCUUCAGGAAAGUUAGGGAGAAAAUCCAAACUAAAAUGAAUAGAGGUGAUACCUCUUCUGAAGGUCGCCCUCCCACCCAUAAUGAUGGUGGUGUUUAUCAGAAGGAUGACUGCCGCCCCAAAUUAAAGAGCCGGCUAUCCUUUUUUGGACGCAUGAACCAGGACACACGACGUGCCAAGCGUUCUUCUGGGAUGGUAAAGUCAUGUGAAGAUCAACAGACUCUCAAUCGCAGAAAAAGUGAGGUAAUCAAGCAAGAUGCUGAUAUUGGUGGAAUGAAGUAUCAGUACAUGAUUCUACUUGAGAAUCUAGAUAAAGGAAUCUCUCCAGUAAAACUUGCCAAAUUCUUGCAUGGAGAAACAUUGAUAUUACCUCGUGUAUACAUUUUCCCGUGCUUAACAUAUGAGUUGUAUGCAAGGGGCGCUGUUGUGUUGAAUUGCAGAACGAACCUAGAGAAGUUGUGUGAUUUUUUGGAUAAUCCAGAUCAUGUCAUUUUAUCCUCCCAAGGAAGGCCCUUGGUAGUAACUGGACGAGUUGCGAGGCACGAAACUUUCGGGACAAUGGCGGCCGGAGCCAUGGUGCUAGACUCGGAGAAUAAAUUCGGUAACGAAAAAGACGGUCGUGUGUGUUGCGGGCUGAAGGUUGUGAGAUUAGGAACGAAGGAGUAUUCGACUGCUAAGCAUUUGAAGGAGUUGUUCAUGGAGUUUCUUAGCCAUCAGAGGAGAUUGCACCAAAGAUUAGCCAUGGAGGAGAGCAAUAUUGCAGUAUGAGCCGAAAAUGAAUCAUAGGUCAGUUGGAUAGGCUUCUUGUUUUUGUGAGGAUGUGGUUUAUGAAUUAGAAUGAAUUUUGUUUUAGAUCUUGAUCUUGAUCAACUGAAUACGAAGGAAUCGAGAAUGGUAUAAAUAGAUUCGGUGU